AUGUUUACCGCAGUAGCGCGUAUUGAAGCAAUAAUCAAUACCAGGCCACUAACAAAGGUAAACGCUAGUGACAUCGCACAGUUACCGCUAAGACCCAUUGAUUUUUUGAGAGGCAAUCUGAUGUAUUCCAUACCCACAGAUCCACAAGUCGGUGAAAUAGCACUGAUUGAACGGGAGCUACUUUCCAGAGGAUGUUGGUCAUACAGUAGAAUCGUGGACAAUGUGAAGAGCGCAGAUGGAUCAAUAAGAUCCGCCUUAAUCCUUCUACCAAAUAAGAAGAUUGUGCAGCGCUCAGUUAAUACAAUCUUUUCGCUGGAAAUCCGCUCCGUAUCAGAAGAGCCCAUUACCCAGGUUGAAGAAGCGCUUACCCAACCUUUGCAAACGGUAGAGAAAAACGUAAGAAAAAUGCCCGAAAGAGCAUUCAAAAUGAAAGCUUACGAUGCCAUCAAAGAGUGUGGAAAUAGGCUUAAUCAGUCUGCACAUAUCCUCAAACCCACAUUCUCUGUUUUUCUAGUAGCCAUAUUGACAUUAGUAUCGCCAAUCAAGGCGCAAAACUCAUCAUCGGCGAUCAGCUGUUGCGAGGGCAAGGUUCACAUCCCAUGGCAAGGCGCGCCUUACACGCUAUGCAUCGAUAACGAUUGCAAAACGAUCGAUAAUACCACGCACGGCAUGCGAUAUGCGUUGCCCAUAUCACCGAUCAAUACCAGUGCCUCAGUGCGUUUCAGCAAAGUAUUAACAGGCGAUGGCGCUCAUGAAUCGACACUGAUAUGUAAAACACCGCAAUCCUGUGAUCACCAGAAAUUGUCAAAAACCCUGCUGGGAAACCCCCAUUGCUGGCCAUUUGGCGCUAUCGUUACCGUACCUAUGAUCCUCUACUUCAUUAGCUAG